CCGUUUUGGCCCGAGGUUUCAGCGCUGCACUGCGUGGGCCCGUUCACACUCUCGCGAUCACUCCGCGUGAGGGGGCGCGCGAUGGAGCCCGGUGGAGGCAGGCUGCACUGGGACCAGAUCCCCAAGGCGCAGGGCCUCUACGACCCCAGGUAUGAGAGCGACGCGUGCGGCGUUGGUGCUGUGAUGAGCAUGAGGCAGGAGAGUUCCCGCAAGAUCUUGACGGACGCUAACGACAUGGCGGUCCGCAUGACGCACCGCGGCGCCAAGCAGGCCAACGAGAACGACGGCGACGGCGUGGGCAUCAUGUUGUCCAUCCCCGACGACUUCUUCCGCAGCGUGUGCCCGUUCCCGCUUCCGCCCGUGCACGAGUAUGGCGUCGGUAACGUCUUCCUGCCACAGCACGAGCAGAGCCGCGAGGCUUGCGUGGCGCUCGUCAGCCGCAUGGCAGCGAAGUACGGCCUGCAGGUGCUCGGGUGGCGCAUGCCGCUCCCCGUGAACAGCUCCGUCCUCGGGCCCUACGCCCAGUCCACCGAGCCGUACGUCGGGCAGGUGUUCGUAGCGAAGGCCGACGGCAUCCAGGCGCUCAUCGGCGACACGAAGCGUGGUCGGAACCAGCGCAGGGGCAAGAGCCCCACCUUAUCAGGAAUCAGCUCGGCGGAAGAGGCUGUCAGCAGGCCUGGCAAGGGCCUUCCGAGAUCGACGUCCGUCUGUGCCGAGGACCUCUCGCUUGAGGCCAUGCUUUUCUUGGUCCGCAGGGCCAUCUCGCUGCGCGCCUCGGAGUUAUUCAUCUGCUCCUUUAAUUCGUACACCAUCACGUACAAGGGGCAGUUCAAACCCGACCAGCUCUUCGAGUAUUAUCUCGACCUGAAGUCGCCCCAGACAACAGCAUACCUGGCGGUCGUGCACUCACGCUUCUCCACGCGCGGUGGCGGAUUCUUUCCCAUCCUGGAACCGAGCGCACCCAUUCCGCCGCAUCGCGCACAACGGCGAGAUCAACACCUUGGAGGGCAACAGGAACCAGAUACGCGCCCGUGA